AUGGCACGCACACCCUCGGACGCAACCCGCUUCACAGCCACGGGCCCCUACGCAUCCAGCUCCCCAUCCUUCAACUCCAGCACACCCACCCCAGGCCCCCGUAUAGACUUCGGCAGCGCCCCGACCAACGAAACCGCCCAACAAAAGAUCCAACGUCUCCGCUCUGCCGCCUCCGCCGCCCGCCGAGGGAAAGAAACCACCUUCGACACCGCAAUCCGCGUAGGCCGAAUAUGGGCCGACCGCGCCCACCGCACCACAGCCGUCGGUCUGAUCGGCCUGACGGUCGUAAGCGCUUGUGUCGCGACGGCGGGGAUAACAGACAUGUUACUGCACAACCGACGGAAACGAAACGAUUGGUUGGCCGAGCAGCAAGCGAAGAGCGCGAGGGAUUUGGCGGAGGCGAGGCAGGCGGAGGUGAGGGGGGAGGUGACGGAGGACCAGAUGUUGUUGAUUAAUCGGGAGAGGGCGGCGGUGGAGGCAGCAGAGGUGAAGAGGAAUAGACCCGGGGUGUUCAAGAGGGUCGGGGGGUGGUUGUUUGGGGAUUUGUCAAAGGAGGAGGCUAAGGGGGGCAGGUUGGGUGCGGGUGCGUCUAGUGUUGCUGCGGCGAUUGCUCCGGAGAGUGUGCAGGGUCAGAAGCACGAUAGAAGUGUGUUGCAGGCGGUCGAGGAGAAGGUGGAUGCGAAUAGGAGACAAGGCGAGCGAGUGGAGGAGAAGUUACAUCCCUUCGGCGGACCACUGGAUCGACAAGCCCAAUCGGCAGCCGAUGCGGUGACGGGAAACAGUAGAUCGUGGAUAGAUAGACUGACAGGAAGAUAG